UGAAGCAGAAAGAUUUUAUACUAGAAACUCCCUGUGUGCAAUCAUUUGUUUUAUUGUCGCUGUUGUCAAAUUCUUUAAAUUUAUUUUAAAAUAUUAAGCAAUAAAUUAAAAUAACACAUUUUAUACUAACUACAACGAAAUGACGACAAAUGAGGUUAUUGUGGAUGCUUUGCCAUAUAUAGAUCAUGGUUAUGAUGACACGGGAGUGCGGGAAUCUGCCUUAGCUAUGGUGGAAGAGGAGUGCCGAAGGUACAGACCAACAAAAAAUUACUUAGAUCAUUUACCAGCGUUGAGUACAAAUGCUUUUGAAACGAAAUUGAUGAGCACAGAAUUCGAGCGCAUACAAAACCGGCUUCCGAUGGAGACACUCAGCAUGAAACGCUAUGAGCUGCCACCACCAGCAGCUGGAAAAUUAUCAGAGGUGACUGCUUGGCAAGAAUCAAUAGAGAACUCGAUGGCACAGCUGGAACAUCAGUGGGUACGCGCUAUGAAUCUUGAGCUUAUGUUAGACUAUGGUAUAGAGUCUUGGAAAGCUUACUUGGAGGUAUUCGUAGCACUACAAGCAAAAGCGCAGGCACAGUUGCAAUAUCUUAAAAAGGAAAUUCAAGACAUAAAUUGGAAACGCAAAUUAGCACAGACAAGCGCUGGUGAGAAACUGCGAAACCUAGAAGCCAAUUGGGUAUUGCUGGUGUCUAAGAAUUACGAGAUUGAACAGCACUGCGCGGACUUCGAGGAAAAAGUACAGAAGGCGCGAACUUAUCUGGAACAGUUGCAGAAACAAGUAGCUGAAUUGGAAAUGGAGAAGUCAGCAGCGCAAAUAGUUGAGGAGGCACAUAGUACCACGCAAGCAGAAGAAGAAGAAGAAGAAGAUUUACAACAAGAAAUGGCGACGGAUGAGCAAAGCAUGGAACAUAUGCAAUAUGACGACUAUAACAGUGCUAACAACGAUGAUGGUAACGAUGAUAGUAAUGCCGUUGAUAAUACUGACAAUAAUCCUGCUGACGAUGACGAUGCUGAUGCUGAUGACAAUGACGACGAUGAUGACUACGAGUAGUAAGUUUAUUAAAUAUUCCUUCCCAUGGCACUGAUAUUGUAAUUUUUUUUUACUACCAAAUAAACAUGAAAGGAAAAAUG